AUGCCAAUGGAAAGCAAUUCCGACUCCAUACUAGCCUGGGUAGCCUCGACCAGCUUAGGAACAUCUUCCUUUGUAAGUCCUUCAGUAGAGAUUGGUUCCAGCACCUUGAUUUUGAUGGUUCCGGUGUUAAAGUUUUUGAGCUUCAGACUGUACAAAUUAGAGGUGUUGGAAACCACGACUGGAAUGAUCGGAAUUUGGGCUUGA